AUGUCCGCCCCCAUCCGCAUCGACGAUUCCCUCACCCUCCCGCCUAUCGGCUUCGGCUGCAUGGGCUUCUCCCAGAGCUACGGCGUCGCCAAGGACGACGAGAGCAAGGAGGUCCUCCGCCGCGCGAUUGACCUCGGCUGCACGCUGCUCAACACGGCGCGCAUCUACGGCAAGGACCAGCACAACGAGAAGUUGAUCGGCGAGGUCCUGCGCGAGAGCGACACCCGCUCCAAGGUCGUCGUCGUCACCAAGUGGGGCCUCAAGGCGACCGACACUGGCAUGGAGACGGACGGUUCCGCCGACUUUUGCCGCCAGUGCAUCGACGACAGCAUCGAGAACCUCGGCUCGGCUCCCGACGUCUACCUCCUGCACCGCAUCGACAAGGAGACGCCGAUCGAGGUGAGCGUCAAGGCGAUGGAAGAGGCGAGGAAGGCCGGCAAGUGCAAGUACAUCGGGCUCUCGGCGAUGUCGGCCAAGACGCUUCGUCGCGCCGCCGACGUCGCCAAGAUCGACUUUGUCGAGGUCGAAUGGUCGCCGUUCGAAACGACCAUCGAGUCGAACGGCGUCAUCGAGGCGUGCCAGGAGCUCGGCGUCAAGAUCCUGGCCUACUCGCCGCUCGGCAAGGGCUUCCUCACUGGCCGCUUCCGCUCGUUUGACGACAUCAGCAAGGACGGCGACAUGCGCGGCGCGGGCGCUUUCCCUCGCUUCACCAAGGAGCUGUUCGACCACAACUUCAAGCUCGUCGAGGCCUUCGAGAAGAUCGCGGCCACCAAGGGUUGCACGCCGGGCCAGCUCGCGCUCGCGUGGGAUUGCCAGGUGUACCCGGGCCUCGUCAUCCCCAUCCCGGGCACCAAGUCAACCAAGUACCUCGAGGAGAACUGGGCGGCCAGGGACGUCAAGCUGAGCGAUGGCGAGCUCAAGGAGAUCCGCAAGGUCAUGGAGGAGAACCCGGUCAAGGGCGACCAGUACAACGAGCAGCUGCAGAAGCUCCUCGACGAGUAG